AUGGCCGACAUCACUGAUCAGCACGACCAAACCGCUCCCAACGAGCUCGAUCAGUCUCACACUGUCAGCAAUGGUACUGCUCCUGCCAACGAGAACCGCGGCGUCAAGCGUCAGCGUACCAACGAUGAUGAUGAUGACGACGAGGGCGAGAAGGGCGGCCGGGAGCGUCGCAAGAUCGAGAUCAAGUUCAUCGCUGACAAGUCACGUCGCCAUAUCACAUUCUCGAAGCGCAAGGCGGGUAUCAUGAAGAAGGCCUACGAGCUGUCAGUCCUCACGGGCACGCAGGUUUUGCUUCUCGUUGUGUCGGAAACCGGCCUCGUUUACACCUUCACGACCCCCAAGUUACAGCCUCUCGUCACCAAGGCCGAGGGCAAGAAUCUUAUUCAGGCGUGCUUGAACGCGCCUGAGCCGCCCGCCGGCGACAAUGGCGUAGACGAUACAAAUCCCGUCGAGGCUCCUGAGGAGCCUGCUAAUGCGGCACAUCUCCCUCCCCAGCCUAACCGGCCACCUAUGCCCCCUAACCACAUGCCUCCAAGCUACAUGCCAAAUGUUGGCAUGGACCCACAGCAAGCACUUGCGUACUCGAACUACGUGCAACAGCAGCAGCGUGGCAGUCAGUACAUGCCACCGUCCAGCCUUCAGCAACACGCCGGCCACCAGUCAUAA